AUGGCUGCUUCCGAGCCUCCGCGCCGCCGCAUCGUCGGCCUCUCAACCAAGAUGUACUUCUCCCUCGCCCGCCAGGCCGAGUUCACCUCCGCCGCCCUCACCAGCCUCGCAGCCGUCUCCCCGACCUCCCUCUCAGCCGUCGACGUCUUCAUCAUCCCCGACUUCCUCAACAUCCGCCCCACGGCCGACUCCCUCGCGGCCUCCGGCAUCUGGGUCGGCGCCCAGGACUGCCACUGGGACGACUACGGCGCCUUCACCGGCGAGGUCUCCCCCGCCGCCCUGGCCGACAGCGGCGUGCGUAUCGUCGAGGUCGGGCACGCCGAGCGCAGGAGACUAUUCGGCGAGGACGACGCCGUCACGGCCAAGAAGGCGGCCGCCGUCGCGCGGAACGGCAUGAUCCCCCUCGUGUGCAUCGGCGAGAAGACCAAGGGGGACGUGGCCGUGGCCGUCGAGGAGUGCCGGGUGCAGGUCGACGCCGUCAUGGCCGGGCUUCCGUCUGAGGAUGCCGAGGUGGUGCUCGCGUACGAGCCCGUGUGGGCCAUUGGCGCGGCGCAACCGGCGGGCGAGGAGCAUGUGCUGGCGGUAGUGGCGGGGAUCCGGGACCUGGAGAGCGUCAAGGGGAGGAGGGGACUUACGAGGGUGGUGUAUGGCGGCAGUGCUGGUCCGGGGCUGUACGAGAAGCUCAAGUCUGGCCUGGAUGGUCUGUUCUUGGGGAGAUUCGGGCAUGAUCCUCAGCAGUUUGCCAAGACUGUCAAAGAGGUGGCCGAGGCGUGA